AUGUCACAAGGUACAGAGGAUCUGGUUCAGGAGCAGAGUGUAGAACUGAAAGGUUCUACGAGUGAUGUUGAACGAUCGGACCAUGUUGACAUUGACAAGGGCCAAUCAAGUGAACGGGGCAGCAGUGAUGGAGGGGAUGAUUUGUUUGGGGAUGAUUCGGAUCAAUCUGUUAUUGAGAGGGGGGAGACAGACGAUGAGAAUUCUGGCGGUACCAGUGUAAAGCCUACUGGUUUAGGUCUAAGUGAUGAGGAAGAUGAGCAGGAGAUGUAUAAUAGAAAAUUCUAUGGGGAUGACUUGAAAAAGACAUCUUAUGAGUCAGAUGUAGAAGAAGAACGAGAGAUAAAGGAGGCUAAUGUACAGAUUAUGAAGCAUGUUGUUCCUUAUUAUACUACGAAUGCCUCCGAAAAGGACUCUUCGUUGUACUAUGCUAAAGUCCCUCAGUUCUUGACUAUUGAUCCUAUUCCAUUUGAUCCUCCUGGGUUCCAAUCGCAAAUUGAACAACGUCUUAAGAGAUUUUCUUCUAAGGAGGAUCAGCUAGGUGAUCGGCUGAUCGAUGAGAAUACCAUUAGAUGGAGAUAUUCCCGUGGUGCCAAUCAACAGGUGUUUAAAGAAUCUAAUGCUCAAAUCAUUCAGUGGUCUGAUGGCACUUUCUCGUUGAAACUGGGAGACGAGUUUAGUGACAUAUUGAUCAACGAUAUAGAAAACACGUAUAUGACGGUAUCCCAUGAGCAAGAAGAAUUGAUGCAAUGCGUCGAAGGUGGUGAGAUAAAGAAAAGCAUGUUAUUUAUUCCAACUUCAACGAACUCUAAGACACACCAGAGGUUGAGCGCUGCUAUAGCAAGGCGUGAAGCAAGAGAGCAUAGCGGUCCUUCAACAUAUAUUGUACGGAUGGAUCCAGAACUCGAGAAGAAGGAGCUGGAAAAGAAACACGACCAGGUUAUUAGGGAAAGAAGAAAACGUCAACUCAAAGAGCAAAUGGAUCGGGAAAAUGCAGAAGGCGGAAUUGUCGAAACGGGCUACUUUGGAUUCAAGAAAGGCAAUGGUCGGAGUAUGAUGGCUGAGAUGUACGGAAAACACCAUCAGGACGAAUACGACGACGAAGAUGGAUUUAUAGACGAUAGUGAAGAAGAAGAAUCUGGUUCCUACGAUGAAGAAAACGCCGCUGGCAGCCUGAUGGACGAAGAAUCAGACGGCGAGGAUGACGAGGAUGACCUCAAUGCCGAACGGCUGAAGCAACUGAAAAUAGAAGGUGCGGCCAGGUACCAGCAUGGCAGUACCACUACCACAUCUCCGUCAGACUUGGACACCAAACAAGAUCCCGAAAAUAACGAUGGAUCUGCUCCAAAAAGGAGGAAAGUCGCUGUCCUCGAUUCCGAUGACGAAUAA